CUACGCGCACCAGGCACUUGUCUCUGGCAGCCACCUAUUCUUGUAUCUGACGACUUAUUUCCAACAUCUUGCAGCGGUCUCCGUUUGCAGCGACGUGCAGCAGUUGUCGUCUUUCACUGCAGCGUCUACGCGGCCGUUCUUGCUAACAUGGCCGAUCAGCAACCACAGAAAACGCAAGGCCUACCCAACCCCUAUGGACUACCCAACCCGUACGCCCGGACGGGCCUUCCCAAUCCAUAUGCUCAUGCGACUGUCGCCUCCGCUGCGCCUGUCAAGUUCUCAGCGGAACAGGCAAAGGCCGAGCAGAAGAAAGCACCUGGUAUCUACUUGAUUUGCUCCAUGCCUCACCGUUCAACCACAACUCAUGUGAUCGUGUAGCAUCUCACUUUCACAACCCGCACAACAUCAAGCGCCCCCAGGCCAAAAAAGCUGGUCCCACUGUGAAGAAGCCACUCAUGCCUGUGGCAUCAUCAAGCUCCUCGGAUCCCGCCCCGACUGCUACUACGACACAGCAACAUGGUAUCGACUGGUACCGGAGCACUGCCGACGAUGAUGCUGCUGUUAUUGAAGAGAGGAGGCAGCGCCAGUGGGAGGAUAAGCAGAAGAAGAAAGAGAUGAAGAAAUUCCAGAAGCAAUUUGGAUACUGGAACCCCCAGGCCCCGCAUAAGCCUGAGCGAUACUCGAACCUCAAAGCGUACAGGGCCAGUGGUGGAUACAGACGCAAAAUAGAAGACUUCAAUGCUUUCUUGCGCGGAGCCGCUGGACAAGCAUCCAAAUCUCGCGACGACAGUGAAACUUCCAAUGCCUCUCGACCUGGCUCUUCGUCAAGCUCGAAAGCUCCAACCUCGGCUCCCAAAUCUAUGUUUGCCCCGCCGUCCUUCUACGACGCACCAACUGCGAACAUCCCAGACGAUGACUCGGACGACGAUGAGUAUGCUCGGCGCAUGCCUCUUCCUCCACAACAGAACGACGCUAUUCCACCGCCUCCUCCAUCUACAGAAACACAGCACCUAGUUCCUCCGCCGCCACCCCCAGCACCCACCAAUACGCUUCCACCACCCCCGCCAGCUCCAUCAGCCGACGCCCCUGGUACUUCCACAUCUUCGAAUACGCCCUACCACAGCGCAACGAUAUCCGCGCCUCCAGUCCGCUACGCCAAUGCAACGAUAUCCGCGCCCCCUGUUCGCUACGAACGUCCUGAUGUACCCAUGGCAGAUGCCGAGAAUGAACCAGUAUACGAGGAGCGCCCUGCCAAGCGGCCCAAGAUCAGUAAAGCAGAAGCUAUGAUGGCCAAAAUGGGUUAUGUCAAGGGCCAAGGUCUAGGAAAGAACAACGACGGUGUGGUCACUCACCUCGAGGUCAAGAAGCGAAAAGUGCCACAAGGAACCGCUGGCUUCGACGACGAUGGGGCGAAAAUCAAGUCUCAAAUGGUCUGGGACGUGCAUGGAGGUCUGCGGAAUCAGCAAGAUGAGCCGAGCAAGUUUGGCGCGGAGUCGUGCGUUGUCGUUACCUGGGGUUGCGUGGACGGCGUUGAUUGGGAUGAGAAUCGCGAACGGAACGACGGAGGUAUUCGGCAGGACAUGGGCGAGGUUUUCAGCAGCAAGUUUGGUCCUGUUGAACACAUCCAAAUCGACGAAUCCAACAAGGACGGCGUCGUGUACAUCUUAUUCGAAUCAGUCAUGAGUGCCCUCAACGCCGUCAAUCGAUUCGACGAGGGCUACGAGUACAGAGGCAGGAAGAUUCGCGCCCACUACUACGACGAACGCAAAUUCCACGCCGGCAUUUAUGAGCACUAAGAGGACGGCGUUCCCCGGCUCUUGCAAGGAUGAUGCGCCGUCGCAGCAAUUCGUUGCAUGUUUUACUAGGGUGUGGCUAUAUCUGCGUGUUCUUGGAUGGCCAAGGGUGCUCCAUCUGAGAAGUGUGGUAUAUAUGGGUCUAGCGAUAUUCCACCAUUUAUUUGUUCGUUUGUAUGAAUAUUCAGCUCUAUUGAAUCGCAACAGAACGCAACGUUGUCUCGAAGUAUACUCAACAUCUAUAACAAUCCUGUUCACCAACGCAUC